GGGGAAUUUGAGUAGCUGCUGACGCCCUGAGGAAACGGCCUACUGAGGUUCCACAUUGUCUUUCAGGGUCCUUGGAGGGACCAGAAGAAGGUGGCCCCCAGGCUUUCCACGUUUCGGGAUCCACGGUCUGAAGAGGGCGCCGUAGAGCCGGGAGCAGCGCGGUACCCGCCGGAGGUGGAACUUAAUCUGUCCCCGCCUUGGGCGGAGUCACCGAGCUUGGAGACUCGCCCACAAGGCCCGGGCAGCUCCGAGGUGGUCCUUCCCGGCGGAAGUGAAGAAGCCCGGAGAGGGAGGCAGCGGAAGCGGCUGCGGCGCUGCAGGCUCUGCGCAUGCGCCCUCUGCCCCGUUGCCGCUUUUGGGGCGGUCCUCUGCCCUGUCUUCUUUUCUCCACGUGAAGGGGCUGCGCGAAUACCCAGUGGUGGCCGCGCGCCCAGCACCUCUGCAGCUCUCGUGCCCUUCACGAUGGCGGGCAUCCUGUUCGAGGAUAUUUUCGAUGUGAAAGACAUUGACCCAGAAGGCAAGAAAUUUGACCGAGUAUCCCGGCUGCACUGUGAGAGUGAAUCUUUCAAGAUGGAUCUCAUCUUAGAUGUGAACAUUCAGAUUUACCCUGUAGACUUAGGUGACAAGUUCCGGUUGGUUAUAGCCAGUACUUUGUAUGAAGAUGGUACCUUGGAUGAUGGUGAAUACAACCCCACAGAUGACAGGCCUUCCAGGGCUGACCAGUUUGAGUAUGUAAUGUAUGGGAAAGUGUACAGGAUUGAAGGGGAUGAGACCUCGACUGAAGCAGCCACACGCCUCUCUGCAUAUGUGUCCUAUGGGGGCCUGCUCAUGAGGCUUCAGGGUGAUGCCAACAACCUACAUGGAUUUGAGGUGGACUCCAGAGUUUAUCUGCUGAUGAAGAAGCUGGCGUUCUGAACUUCAUGGGAAACCAGACUUGCUGCUUAGUCACUCAUGUCAUGGACAUUGUUCAAGCCUGUGUAGAAGCUGUUGGUGUUCGCCUGUAAAAGGGGCAGGGCUCUGUGUCCACUGUAGGGACAUCUUCAGUUUGUCUGAAUUCAGUGGAAAACUGACUUGUCUGUAAAAGGCCAAGUGGGGAGUGUAAAAGGCUGAAGUUGUGUAUGAUUUUUUUAUUAAAGUUUACUUUUUCAGA